AUGAAAGACACUCAUAUGGUGCACUUCGAUUGGUUUUUGACUAAGUCUCAUAUCCAAUUUCUAUGCAAUUCAGCCUUAAAAAUUAUUUUCCCAUCUGAACUUACUGCAAUUCCUGUAGGAUGUGCUAAGCAGUUCAAGUCUAAUGGUUUCAGUACCAAAAGCUUUAAAUCAGCCGCAAAAAUACUUCCAAUUAGCGAGGCAAUUGUGCUUUCUCUUAGAGGCUUACUGUCAGUGAAAUACAAAUAA